AUACACUGGAAAUGGGGCAGGGCUUCUACAAGUGUUUAAAAGCUUGAAGUAAGGCAAAAGUGUGUAAAGACGGAGAAGAUUACCAGUCACUUGGCUGAAAAUUCAUUGCUUCUCUGAAGUAAAGAAAUCCAGACAGAUUUCAAAAUGCCUCCUCCAGCGGUUCCACACGGCAUGUGUCUAAAAGUCAUGGAUGACCGCAACAUGAAGGGUGGCAUGGGCUCUGAAACAAAUCCUUUGAAGUUCAUGGAUCAGGACUACAACUCUUUACAAGACUACUGUCUUAAGACAAGCCAAAGAUUUGUUGAUGAGUUUUUCAUGCCAGACUCUCGUGCCAUUGGUGAAGAGCUGCUGAAGCCAGAAGUCAUGGCCCGAGUGAAGUGGAUGAGACCAACGAAAUUGCAUCCUAAAGCUGAAUUUAUUGUAGACACAGUGUCCAGGUUUGACUACGCCCAAGGGAAUAUAGGAAACUGCUGGUUUCUGGCCUCUGUUGGGGCUCUGACAUUUCAAAACAAACUUUUACAAAAGGUCGUCCCAUACGGACAAUCAUUCAGCAACAAUUAUACUGGUUUAUUUCACUUCAGGUUCUGGCGGUUUGGGAAAUGGUACGAUGUUGUGAUUGAUGACAAACUGCCAACAAUCGACGGGAAGCUGAUUUUUGUCCAAUCAAAAACAUAUAAUGAGUUCUGGCCAGCCUUGCUGGAGAAAGCAUAUGCAAAGGUGUGCGGCUCCUACGCUGACAUGCACUGUGGCCGGGUAUCUGAAGCCCUCAUUGACUUCACCGGUGGGGUUCAUAUGCACUAUGAACUGAAAAGGGCUCCAUCUAAUUUGUGGGAGAUAAUGUACCGUGCGUUCCAGUCAGAAGUCCUUAUGGGUUGUGAAACUCCACCUGGGAAUCGGAAUGAGGAACAAUUGCCAACUGGCAUUGUUCUGGGCCACGCUUACACUGUGACAAAGGUUUACCAGGUCAUGAGUGGUAAAGGGCCAGUUAAGCUUGUGAGAUUGUUCAACCCAUGGGGAGACCUUGAGUGGAAUGGAGACUGGAGUGACAGGUCAUGCUUGUGGAACAACGUGAGUGUUGAGGACCGCAAACAACAUCUAGAUAGCGAAAAUGGAGAGUUCUGGAUGUCAUUUAAUGAUUUCCUUAGAAUAUUUGACAACAUGGAUAUCUGCUGUUCCUCUCCUGAUUUUUUGGAAGAAAAGUCUGCAUGUGAGUGGAUUUCCAAGUUCCACCAUGGCAACUGGGUUCCUGGGAGUACAGCUGGAGGCUGCAUGAAUCAUUCAGACACCUUCUUUACCAACCCCCAGUUUUGGCUGAAGAUUAAUGAGAUGGAUGCGGCCUGUGACCAGGGCCAGAGCAAUGUUCUGGUGUCCCUCAUACAGAAACCUGACAAGAGAAACAGACGCCUUGCUUCACACCAUGGCAUCGGCUUCUGCGUGUUUGCGGUUCCACCCGAGAUGAGAUCUGAGGGAAAGUUUGGAUCAAGCUUUUUCCAUAACAGAAAGCCCGUGGCAACAAGCGGGGCUUUUCAGGAUGCAAGACAAGUGAUGAAACUAUUCAGACUGGAGCCAGGAGAGUAUCUCAUCGUACCAUCCACUUACAUGCCUAACAAGAACGCAGAAUUCAUCCUGACCAUUCUGUGCAAAAAUGAGAUAAACAUUCAAAAGGACACAGAAAGGACAGAGAAAGGUUUUCUUGUGGAUCUUGUAGACGAGGUCGCAUACAACGACAACAACGAAGUGGAUGAAGACUUGAAAACUAAAACUUUGUUUCGACAAUAUUCUGAUCAGUACAAAGUUGUUGAUGCUGAAAAACUUCAACAGCUUCUACAUGAAAACCUACUUAGAGGAAAUAAAAACACUGAAGGAUUCGGCCUGGAUUCAUGCAGAAGUAUAAUUGCCAUGUCAGAUUUCUCUGUCACUGGAAGACUUCGUGGAUCAGAAUUUCUUCGUCUGUGGAGCCGCAUUAUGAUGUACAAGAAAAUCUUCUACAGCAUGGAUACUUCCAAAGAUGGCGUUCUGUCUUUGAACGAACUGCAAAAUGCAUUAGAGAGAACAGGCUUGCAUCUAAAUGAAGACAUCCUGAGUCUCAUGGUUGUGCGGUAUGGUGGUGCUUCAGAACAGAUCUCUCUGGAGGGUUUCAUUUGCCUUGUCAUGCGUUUGAACUGCAUGGCUAGAAUAUUCCAGAGACUCUGUGAAAGUGGGAAGAUAAGUCUUAAUGAGAGUGAGUGGAUUGGACUCACCAUGUACUCAUGAGGGAACAUCUGUUUGCCAGGAGGUUUGCCAACAAACGCAAGAACAGAUAGGCAGUUUAGGCCGUCUAAACACUUCUUUUAUUUCAUUUUUUUUAAUAUCAAACUUAUAAACAACUUGUGAUGCUUUUCUUUUUCUUCACCCUUUUAUCCCUCUAAGAAUUAAAAUGCUUUUGCUUUUCUUAAAAUUAUUAUUUGAUAUACAGUACACAUUUCACAUGAUCAAUUUGUUUGUAAUUAUAUAAAUUUGUGGAAAAAUAACCGUCUGUUUGAAAAGUGGUUAAUGUAAUUGCUGUAUUAUUUCUCAUGUUAACCACAGUUGUCGGAUUAUUUGCUUUGGUUUUAAAACCUCCUGCUAUUGUUGACAUUGUUAAUCAUCUAGGUUUAGGGUUGCAUUUGAACAAACCCUUUAUUGCUAGGGUCAUUUUAAGGCAUGGUUCAUCCAAAAAUUUAAAUUCUGUCAUUUAUUAUCCAUCAAGUUGUUCCAAACAUCAAGUUGUUAUUAAUAGGUAACCAAAUAGUCAAUGCGGAUGAGACUGGGCUGAAAUAGUAAAUGAUUCUUCAAAAAUGUUGAGUUCAAGACACCCUGACAGGAUUUUUGUUUUUUAGUGUAUUUGAUAGGGACCAUGCAUAUUCAUGAACAUACUGCACCAUAUAAAUAUAUGCAAAAUUAGUAAACAAAAUUUUUUUUUUUCAGCUUUCAUGUUUGGGUGAACUGUUGGUAUAGGGUCAAAAUGCUGCAAUUAUACAUGCUGUAAUAUGUUCUUUCAUCCUUCAUACUGUUAAAACACUAAUAUAAAUAAAUACAAAAUAGUAUCCUA